AUGUCCAAGCCCUCGGCAGACUGUCCAGCCAUCACCUUUUACGACAUCGCGCAGGCGCCGCCCGUCGAGGAGACGUGCUACGCCCCCAACCCGUGGAAGACGCGCUUCGCCCUCAACUUCAAGGCCGUCCCGUACUCGACGCAAUGGGUGGGAUUGCUGGACAUUGAAAAGGUCCGCCGACAACUGGGCGAGCCGCCGUGCCGCCAGUUCGCCGACGGCAGCGACUUCUACACGCUUCCCGUCGUCCGCGACGCCACCACCGGCGCCACGGUCGGCGACUCGCUGGACAUUGCCCUCUACCUGCAGCGCACGUAUCCCGACUCGGGCGCCGGCGACCUGCUGCCCGCCCAGACCCUCGACUACAGCUUCACGCCCAGCGCGCCGAUCCUGGUGCCGCUCUCGGAGCACCAGGCCAAGGGCGAGUUUGCCGAGUACGCCCGCUUCAACGCGAGCGUCGACGCGGCCUUUACGAUGCACGUUCCGCUGAUGGCGCAGGGCAUGCUGUUCGACCCGGCGGAGGCCGAGGAGAUCAAGGCGAAAUUCGCGCGCCGCGCGGGCGUCCGCUCCUGGGACGACGUUGCCUUGGCGGCCGAGGCGCGGAGGCCGCUCAUGGACUCGUUUCGGGACGCGCUGACCGGUCUGGCCGAGUUGUUUGCGCGUGACGGCGGCGGGCCGUUUGCGCUGGGUGAGCGGGCCAGCUAUGCUGAUUUCAUCGUCGGCGGCUGGCUGCGCAUGGCCCAGAAGACGCUGCCCAGGGCCGAGUGGGACGAGGUCAGAGGUUGGCACGGCGGUGUAUUUGCACGGCUGCACGACGCGCUCGACGCAUAUGCCGAGGUGAAGUAG